CCAUCCAUCAGCCUGAUCAAGCAACCAGGGUGUUAGUUCAAUAGACUAACCAUCUAGGCAGAGCGGAUUUUAUAGCACUAGCACAAGGUAUGCACUUUAGGCCGAAACUUGCUUAACAUUUGAAUGGAGACUAAUUUAAGAAUUUCUAAUAUAAGGUGAGUUUCAGUGUGAGGACUUAAUUGAUAAAUGAGCAAUAGUUUAGGAACUAAAUUUGAGGUUUGUCUUCUCCAUAUACAAGUAUCGAGUUUUGAAUCCCAUGUGGACCCACGAACCGUCCGUACAUGCAGGCAGCCUCACCUGUCUGUGAUGCUCUACCAAUAUAGUAUCACAUUUUGCAUUUUGGGCCCACUUGAUUCAAAGGUUUUCGGUUCUGUUCAUUCGUCACCCUCUCCAAAGCAAGCCCGUUCGUCUUCUUUUCUCUCUCUUGCUCUCUGCUUGUUUCCCUUUUUUUGGGUCAUUGAAGCUGUCUUUGGAGUUGGUCUUAUUUUUGUUCGGCAAAUAACUUGGUUUGUUGUAGCUGUUUGUUUUUUUUUAAUAAAAAGUUUGAAACUUUGAGGGCUUGGUGUGUGAAAGUUAAGACUUUCUGUUUGGUUGAUGAGAAAACUUGUCAAAACUGAUCAAAAAGGUUGAGUCUUGAAUCUUUGUUUUUCGUUUUUCAAAGAGAGAGUGAAAAACCCGUCUCGGUUAUUACAAGUUUUUCUCUUACAUGCAUUGAGUUUGGUUGUUUCUGGUGAAUUCAAUUGCAGGUUGUUUGUACAAGGUGUUGCACUCAAAGUUGUGUGUUUUGUCAUUGGCAAAACAUCCGACAAAUGUCUAGUAUUAAUGUAGAUGUGUCUCUAAAAGGAAGCUUGAGAAAUGCUGAAACCCUUUGUGAUAUGGCUGAAAUUGAAGAAAUGGAUUUCUCAAGGAUUUUUGAUAGGCCACCAAGGCCUUUGAAUAUGGACAGGCAAAGAUCAUGCGAUGAAAGGUCCCUAAGCGAAUUGUCUACUGGGUUGCCAAUUCCUUCUCCUCGUCCCUCGUCAAGAGUUGAGAAUAAUUUUAGGUUAAUUGACCACCUUAAUUGUUUGCCUUCUCCCGGUAGAAGGUCAGGGUUUAAUACUCCAUUAUCACAAUUUGGGGUUGAGACACAUCCAACUGUGGCUGAAGCUUGGGAGGCUUUGAGGAGAUCAUUGGUUUAUUUUCGUGGUGAACCUGUUGGAACCAUAGCAGCACUGGAUAAUUCUGAGGAACAGGUGAAUUAUGAUCAGGUGUUUGUAAGAGAUUUUGUCCCAAGUGCAUUGGCUUUUCUGAUGAACGGGGAACCUGAAAUAGUCAAGAAUUUCAUCUUGAAGACUCUUCGCCUUCAAUCAUGGGAGAAAAAGAUUGACAGAUUCCAGCUUGGAGAAGGGGUAAUGCCUGCAAGUUUUAAAGUACUCCACGAUCCUGUCACGCACAAUGAGACUUUGAUGGCAGAUUUUGGUGAGAGUGCAAUAGGAAGAGUGGCUCCUGUUGAUUCUGGGUUUUGGUGGAUUUUCUUACUCCGAGCAUACACCAAGUCCACAGGCGACACAUCAUUGGCUGAAAAGCCAGAAUGUCAGAAGGGCAUGCGCCUAAUUUUGAGUUUAUGUCUUUCAGAGGGGUUUGACACAUUCCCGACUCUUCUUUGCGCCGAUGGAUGCUGCAUGGUUGAUCGCAGAAUGGGUGUUUAUGGGUAUCCCAUUGAAAUUCAAGCACUUUUCUUCAUGGCUUUAAGAUGUGCUUUGCUUUUACUGAAGCAAGACGAGGAGGGGAAUGAGUUUGUAGAACGGAUUACAAAACGCCUUCACGCGUUAAGUUUUCACAUGAGGAGUUAUUAUUGGAUUGACCUGAAACAGCUUAAUGAUAUAUAUCGCUAUAAAACAGAGGAAUAUUCUCAUACUGCUGUUAACAAGUUUAAUGUAAUACCUGAUUCUCUUCCAGAAUGGAUUUUUGAUUUUAUGCCAGUCCGUGGUGGUUACUUUAUCGGGAAUGUUAGUCCUGCAAGAAUGGACUUCCGUUGGUUUUGCUUGGGUAAUUGUAUUGCAAUUCUGUCAUCCUUGGCAACCCCUGAACAAUCCACCGCAAUAAUGGAUCUUAUAGAAUCACGGUGGGAGGAAUUGGUUGGAGAAAUGCCACUCAAGGUAAUCUAUCCAGCAAUAGAGAGCCAUGAAUGGCGGAUUGUUACAGGAUGUGAUCCAAAAAACACUAGAUGGAGUUACCACAAUGGAGGAUCCUGGCCAGUGCUCUUGUGGCUUCUCACCGCGGCAUGCAUCAAGACUGGCCGCCCCCAAAUCGCAAGACGUGCUAUCGAGCUCGCCGAAACAAGAUUAAUAAAAGACAACUGGCCGGAAUAUUACGAUGGGAAACUUGGUCGUUUCAUUGGGAAACAGGCUCGUAAAUCCCAAACCUGGUCCAUUGCUGGUUACUUGGUUGCAAAAAUGAUGCUGGAAGACCCUUCUCAUUUGGGUACGGUGGCACUCGAGGAAGACAAACAAAUGAAGCCUCCCAUUAGAAGAUCAAAUUCAUGGACCUUCUGAUGUAACUUGUCUAGCUUAUCUACACACACUCCUUGGUCUUUUGCAGAUGUUAACCUCGUCUUUGUAGCUUCCUGCCUGCAGUUCAAGUUCCUAUUUCGAUUUUUCCA